UUUAACGUGGUGUUCCACAAGGCGGUGGAGCAGGCAGAGGUGUGUGAGGACGUGAGGAGCAGAGUUAACACUCUAAUAGACGACAUCACCUACUCCACCUUCAACUACAUCAGCAGAGGCCUGUUUGAGAGAGACAAACUCACCUUCACUGCUCAACUCGCCUUCCAGUUGUUGCUGAUGAGUAAGGAGAUAGACGUACGAGUACUAGAUUUCCUGCUCCGCUUCAACAUCGACCACAGCUACAUCUGUCCUGUAGAUUUCCUCUCCAACCAGGCCUGGAGUGCCAUAAAGACAAUGAGUUUCACUGAUGAGUUUCGUGGUUUGGACCGGGACAUCGAGGGCUCCCCUAAACGCUGGAAAAAGGUGGUAGAGUCCGAGUGUCCGGAGAAAGAGAAGUUUCCUCAAGAGUGGAAAACAAAAAGUUCCCUACAGAAACUCAUCAUGAUGAGAGCCCUGAGGCCUGAUAGGAUGACUUACGCUGUCAG